UUCUACUCGCAUCCUGUCCGGUGACGAUAGCGCAAGGCUACAGAAGCAAACCCAGUCUGAGGCUGCUAUAUUUCGUAAUUAAAUCAAUUAAACAUUGAUUGAAAUAACUCAGACCACCGUGAACGAUAAAUACCGAGCACAAUGAUCCGCUUUAUCCUCAUCCAGAAUCGGGCAGGGAAGACCAGGCUGGCCAAGUGGUACAUGCAGUUUGAUGAUGAUGAGAAGCAGAAGCUGAUUGAAGAGGUUCAUGCCGUUGUGACAGUCCGUGAUGCCAAACACACCAACUUUGUAGAGUUCAGAAACUUCAAGAUCAUUUAUAGGCGAUACGCUGGCCUGUACUUCUGCAUCUGUGUGGAUGUGACGGACAAUAACCUGGCUUACCUGGAAGCUAUUCACAACUUUGUUGAGGUUUUGAAUGAGUAUUUCCACAAUGUGUGUGAAUUAGAUCUGGUCUUCAAUUUCUACAAGGUAUAUACAGUGGUGGACGAGAUGUUUCUGGCAGGAGAGAUCAGAGAGACCAGCCAGACGAAGGUGCUCAAGCAGCUCCUCAUGCUGCAGUCUUUGGAAUAAUGAGCCCGUCAAUCAAUCAACCACCAUUGCUGCAGGCCCCGCCCAUCUCCACAGGCUCCGCCCACCCCAUGCUGCAGCCAAGCCAUAUUAUCCGUAUGGAUGUUGUCUUGCUGAAAUGCAUCCACAAACAUUUCACCUUUACAUUUCAUGUCCACGAUGAAGGAUGUUGCCAUUCUGUUCAAAUUGGUACGUUUAUUAAACCUUCCCCGGUUAUUGACCGAAUUAUUCAUUGGCAUAGCCAGAAUUGAAUACUUAAGCAAUUUUAUAGUACAUUAGACUUCAGUGUCUCGGACUGGCAACCUUUCCAAGUCCGUUCAUUAACACUAACACAGAUAAUAGCAUCACGUUAGCCAAAAUCUGCCAUGGCAUGGAAGCCAUUGGUCCUGUAAAUGCGAAAUGCAUGGGCUGCACUACUAUAUAUAAAACUUGAUUUAUC